GUCACACAGAGCAAGGGAACGAUCAGACAAGUACAACUUACUUUGGCUGAUAGAGCUUCUUGAUUGCAUGUUUUCUGAAAAGUCACAGAGGGGUUUUUCUGUCUAGGUUGCUUCCAUCCCUUGCAUUGUCUGUUUUGGCUGUAAAAGCCUAUACUCGGCGUCUGUGAUUCAAGCACCAAAAUGAAGUUGAAAGAAAAUAACCAGAACUCUGACUACAAUGAAGGUUCAAAGGGGAAGAUGACACCGACGCUUCUGCUGGUAUCGCUGAUAUGUGGGUUUGGAUCUUCUUUCCUGUGUGGCUACAAUCUGUCCAUGAUCAGUUCUGCAGCCUGGUUCAUGCAAGACUUUUACAACAAAACCUACUUCAAGAGGAAUGGAGUGCCAGUGGGCCGUAGCUUCCAGACGCUGCUCUGGUCUCUUACUGUGUCCAUGUACCCUCUGGGUGGCUCCUUCGGGUCCCUGAUGGUGUGGCCUCUGGUCAACAAUUGUGGCCGAAAGGGUACUUUACUGAUAAACAACAUCUUCUCCAUCACUGCUGCACUCCUUAUGGGAACCUCAGAGCUGGCAGAAACCUUCGAAGUAAUGAUCUUUUCACGUUUUGUUAUGGGAAUAUUUGCUGGUCUGGCUUCCAAUGUGGUUCCCAUGUUCCUUGGAGAAGUGUCCCCGAAAAAUCUGAGAGGUGCUAUUGGGAUAGUACCUCAGGUCUUCGUCACUGCUGGGAUCCUCGUAGCUCAGAUCUUUGGUCUCAAUGUCAUCCUUGGGAAUGCCGAAGGCUGGCCUUUGCUGCUGGGGCUCACUGUCAUCCCAACACUAAUUCAGGCCCUUACAUUGCCCUUUCUCCCUGAGAGUCCAAGAUACCUGCUGAUACAAAAGGGCCAUGGAGAGCAAGCACGACGAGCUCUGCAGAAGCUGAGAGGCUGCAAUGAUGUGAGUGAGGAGAUAGAAGAAAUGCAACAAGAAUACUGGUCAGAAAAGGAAGAAGGGCAUUUGUCUGCGCUCAGCCUGUGCACCUUCAGAGGCUUGCGAUGGCAGCUCCUCUCUAUCGUUGUCAUGAUGAUGGGCCAGCAGCUCUCUGGGGUUAAUGUGGUCUUCUACUACGCAGACAGAAUCUUCCAGUCGGCAGGUGUGGAAAGCAGCAAUGUUCAAUACGUCACCGUGUUGAUAGGUGCCGUCAAUGUCAUCGUGACUUUGCUCGCUGUUCUCAUAGUGGAAUCCCUGGGGAGGAAAAUCCUUCUCCUUGCUGGCUUUGGAUUGUGCUCUGUCUCCUGUGCAAUGUUAACUUUGGCCCUCAGUCUCCAGGCCACUGUUUCCUGGAUGUCUCACCUCAGCAUAGUGUGUGUCAUUAUUUACAUCACUGGACAUGCUAUCGGAGCCAGUCCAAUUCCACCUGUGGUGAUCUCCGAGAUGUUCCUGCAGUCAUCCCGGCCUGCAGCAUUCAUGGUGGGAGGGUUAGUGCACUGGCUCUGCAACUUCACCGUGGGGCUUGUGUUCCUCUACAUGGAGGCUGGACUGGGGCCCUACAGCUUCCUCAUCUUCUCUGCCUUCUGCGUCGCCACUGCAAUUUACAUCUUCUUCGUUGUUCCUGAGACGAAGAACAAAACCUUCACUCAGAUCAACAGGAUGAUGGCCAAGAGGAGCAAGGUGGCAAAUCAGGAAGACAGAGAGUUUGAGGAUACCUACACUGUCCCAGGUGGGACGGCGGAAGAAGUAUUCUGCAGUGGUCUGUGA